UGAGAACGGAUAUCGAGGAUGACCACAGACGCAAGCUGGGGCUAUAGUGUUCCGAGGCGCCUAUUCGAAGCUGCUUGGUAAGGUUUGGUUACGGCGCUAAUUGAACAAAGGCUGUUGUUGAUACCACGCUUGCUCUCACCUCGUCUUCGCCUACUACCAUCAUGUCGAACGAUGGUGUCCGCAUAGAAAGGCUCAGCAAACUUCUCAACCGUGUCCUGCGAGGCACGCAGACAUUAACCACUUCAUCACAAUACUCUCAGUUCCUCGAGGCUAUAUGCCUUCAGCCAGACCCACCUACUUGUAUCGAUAAGAUCAUUGCGAGCAAGGAUGGACUCGCGUCUCUACGAGCUGCUUUUAGAUCCGAUCUUUCCCUACCCUUUUUGAACGGUCGUGUGGCAGAUGCUCUGCUCUACUUGCAAGCGCCCGAGAUAAAAACAAUCAGCAGUGGCCAGUUCCUCACGAAGAUGUUGCAGGCCAUUGUUGACCCUCCGAUCUUCUGGGAUGCAUUUGUGGACGCAUUUAAAACAAAGCAGCUACUGGAGAAGGGACAGAAGUGCUUCGCAUGGCUCUUAUUACAGCUUAUUCUCAUCCCGAGCGACGUCGUCUCGCCCUACGUACCCCUCGCCGAAGAGCUACUACCUCUUUUCAUUGCCUCUCCCCAUCUAGACAUACGCAACAUUGCCCAAAAAGUCAAAAAUACCAUUUCCGUUGUAUCCGAUCCCCUUGUCGCUAUUGCCAAGGAUGACAUUCGUCCCGGCGGCAGACACGAUAACGACUUCCCUGACUUUCGUGAGAUCGCGAUCCUCCCCACCGCUGGCGAACUCGCUUCUACGGAGGCUUCCUUCCUUCGUCCCAGCACGGCUCUCGACGAUCCUAGUACCGAGGAACAUCGUGAAGCUUUGUAUCUCGACAACCAGUUCAGGCUGAUGAGGGAAGACAUGAUUCACGAGAUGCGGGAAGAGCUUCAGCUCGCACUGGGGAAGCAAAAAGGAAGGAAGCAUCGCGGUACGGUCGUGGACGACAUGAAAAUAAUAGGUAUCAGCUUGGGCGAUGACUGUCGGCGGAACAAGUGGGCGAUCGUUUUUAGAUGUUCGGCCGAUUUUCCACAGCUUCAAAAGAUCAAAGGCCAAGCGAAGCGAAAGGCGUCCCUUCUAAAGGAUAACACCAAGCUGUUGAAGCACCAAUCUUUGACCACUCUUCUUGUUGACGGGGAAGUCUUAGCAUUUCCAUCAGUGCGUCGGGACGAAGACCUGUUAGCGAAGAAUCCUCCGGAGAUUGUCCUAGAGUUUGAAGGAGAGACAUCGGUCCGGAAUUUCUUGUUGAAGAUGAAGUCAGCUCAGCACGUUAAGCUCAUACAGAUAGAGGCUGCUGUGUUCUCUUAUGAGCCGAUCUUGACUUCCUUGAAGCGGAUGAAAGUGCUUCCUCUCGCGCAGGAACUGUUAUUUUGGAAAGAUGGGAGCGAGCUGUCUCGACCAUCACAACCCCUUGCCCUCCAAUCGGCCAUAUGGUCAUUCGGUAAUAACCCCGGUCAAGACCUUCAAACCGUGUUGUCGCUGGGCAAAAGCAUCGUCCUGGAUAAAGCCCAGGCUAUGUCGCUGCUGUCAGGCUUGAAACAGAACGUAUCUAUCAUUCAGGGACCUCCAGGUACGGGCAAGUCGUUUAUAGGCGCUCUCUUGGCCAAAUUCAUCCACGACUUUUCGGACCAGAAGAUCCUUGUGGUCUGCUAUACCAAUCACGCCCUAGAUCAAUUCCUAGAAGACCUUCUUGAUAUCGGUAUUCCCAUCGAACAUAUGGUUCGCAUAGGUGGCAAGUUCACUCUCCGGACAGAGCCUAUGGUUCUCCGCAAACAGCCACGCACCUUUCGUUUUGGUCACGGUGACCAUACCAUCAUAAACGAACUUAAGGCUGAUCUUGCGGUUCGAGCGAAGAGUUUGCCGGAGUCUUUCAAGAGGUAUCUCCAGUCUGACGUUCGAAAUGAUACUCUAUUGGCCUAUUUGGAAUUUGAGGAACAAGACUUCUACAACGCUUUUUAUGUUCCUCUUUCCGAAGAUGGUAUGCGCACCGUAGGUGGUAAAGGAAGGGCGGUGGAUGAGUUCUACUUGUUGCAACGCUGGAGGACUGGCCAAAAUGCCGGUGUUUUCCUGAAAUCGGGGAACGUCAGGGCCGCUAGAGAGAUCUGGGACAUGUCACUAGAGGCACGUCGAAGUCAUCUGGUCAAUUGGGAAGAAGCCAUUAGGAGGGAUGAAAUCGAGGACUUGUAUCGACUCGCUCACACUUAUAACUGCCUCCUCGAAGAACUGGAUCGCAAAUUCCAUGAACGGGACACCUUUGUACUCCAGAACAAGCGAAUAAUUGGUUGUACAACAACGGCUGCAGCGAAAUACGGCGUUGAGCUCCAAUCAGCUUCCCCAGAUGUUGUCUUAGUGGAGGAGGCGGGUGAAAUAUUAGAAAGUCACGUCGUUGCAGCCCUCGGGACUGCGGCAAAGCAGCUUAUACUAAUUGGCGAUCACAAGCAGCUCCGUCCGAAGGUGAACAACUACCAGCUGACGGUCGAAAAAGGGAAGGGAUAUGACCUCAAUAGGUCUUUGUUCGAACGACUUGUUCUUAAAGGGUACCCCCAUCACACCCUCGUCGCUCAGCACCGCAUGCGCCCUGAAAUAUCUGCCCUCAUUCGCCAUUUGACGUAUCCCGAUCUUCUCGACGCACCCAAGACCCAAAAUCGACCUCACCUUCGCGGGAUCCAGGAUGAUGUCGUUUUCAUCAAUCAUGGUCAUCCUGAAGAUGACAACCUGCAGAUCGCUGACCGUCGCGACUUGGGCUCCAAAUCAUCAAAGCAGAAUACGUACGAGGCAAGAAUGGUUCUGAAGAUCGUCAAGUAUCUAGCACAGCAAGGAUACGGGACCGACAAAGUGGUAGUGUUAACGCCGUAUUUAGGACAACUUUCCAAGCUUCGGAACGAGCUCCGAGAAGAUACAGAUCCCGUGCUCAAUGAUCUCGAUUCCUACGACCUCAUCCGUGCUGGCCUUCUCACUGCCGGUGCAGCCAAAUCAACGAAAAAAUCCCUUCGUCUGGCCACUAUUGACAACUACCAGGGUGAGGAGAGCGACAUUGUCGUCGUAUCUCUUACUCGUAGCAAUCCCGACAACGAUAUCGGUUUCAUGUGCGCGCCGGAGCGGCUCAAUGUUUUGCUCUCUCGUGCCAGGAAUGCUCUCAUCAUGAUAGGCAACUCCGAUACCUUCACCAAUGCCAAGAAGGGGAAGGAACUGUGGCGGAAGCUCUUUGAUCUACUGAAAGGGCAGGGGCACAUAUACGACGGUCUACCAGUUAGAUGUGAACAACAUCCUGAUCGAACGGCGCUUUUAAGCACCGAACUUCAGUUUGAUACCCUCUGCCCUGACGGUGGUUGCUCAGAACCAUGUGGCACCAAGUUAAGUUGCGGACUACAUGUAUGUCCAUCGAAAUGCCAUCAGCUCUAUGAUCAUUCCAAGAUGGCCUGCCACGAGAUCAUACCUCUUUGCUGUCUACUCAAAGGCCAUGACCAAUCCUACAAGUGUAGCGAGAGUCCUGCUCUCGUCUGCAAAAAAUGUGAGAGAGAUGCCAAAGUAGCCGAGGCCAAACGGCAGAAAGACUUCGACCGGCAAAAGAAACGGGAUGAGGAGGAAGCAGAGCACCUUCGUCGCAUCAAGGAGAUCGAGGAUCAGCUCGCUGAGCAGCAACAAGUGCUGCGCGAUACACAGGUUAAAGAGGCGAGGAAAAACGAGAUUCGACAGAAGAUGCAGGACUUGAAGGAUGCAGCUGCACUCGCGCAUAAUGUAACAUCGAGACCACCGAGCAACACACCUUCAAGCAGUGCUCCGGGAUCUAGCGUUGUGUCUGUGACGGGUGAUUCGACCUCUUCAGCACCGAGACCAUCCACCCCUGCCCAGGGUACAAGUGACUCAUCCUGUCGAAGUCGAGGCUCCAAGAAAGCUGCUAAUUCCGCGGCUGCUAGUUCUAAACACCGGCAGGGAAUUGCAACGUCAAAUCCUUCGGUUGCCAGUCAAUCCGACGCUGAAGCGGACUGGCAAUACCAGAAAGAUAUCGAAGGCGCCAGCAAUCAAGCUAUUGAUGCUAUCAUGGAUAUGAUUGGCCUGGAAGCUGUGAAGAAGCAAAUUCUUCGUAUUAAAGCCAAAAUAGAUGUUUUCAAGCGUCAGAACACUGACUUGUCUAAGGAGAGAUUCAACGUCGUUUUUCUUGGGAACCCUGGUACCGGUAAAACAACGGUAGCACGACAUUACGCGAAAUUCCUGGCUUCACUUCAGGUCUUGCCUGGACUCGCGUUCGAGGAGACCACGGGAUCGCGUUUAGCCAAUGACGGCGUCCAGGGUGCAAAGAAACUCGUUGAAGGUGUUAUCAAUGCUGGCGGUGGUGCUAUCUUUGUCGAUGAAUCAUAUCAACUCACCAGCGAACACAACUUUCAAGGGUCUCAGGUGCUAGAUUUCCUUUUAGCAGAGAUGGAGAAUAAUGUCGGCCGCAUUGUGUUCAUUCUGGCAGGGUACAACAAGCAGAUGGAGAAAUUUUUCGAACAUAACCCCGGUCUGCCGAGUCGCGUCCCGUAUCGUUUACAGUUCGAGGAUUAUAAAGAUGAAGAACUGUUGUCGAUGUUGGAGAAGAUCUUGCAUAAGAAGUAUGCGGGGCGCCUCAAAGUCGAGGAGGGAAUACGUGGCCUCUACGGGCGUAUUGCCAUCAAGAGGCUGGGCAGAGGCAGAGGCAAGGAAGGAUUUGGAAAUGCUCGGGCACUCGAAAACGCCCUUUCAAAGAUCACAGAGCGUCAAGCUGAACGACUGGGUAGGGAAAGGAGAGCUGGUCACCGGCCGGAUGAUCUUCUGUUGUUGAAAGAGGAUUUGAUCGGGCCCGACCCAUCCGAAGCCAUUGUCCAUAGUGAGAGCUGGACGAAGCUCAAAGAGCUCAUUGGACUUGCAUCGGUCAAAGCAUCUAUUCAAGGUCUGUACGACACGAUUCGACAAAACUAUCAACGCGAGCUACAGGAAAAGGAACCCGUGCAAUCGCCGCUCAACCGUGUUUUUCUCGGUUCUCCGGGAACAGGAAAGACAACUGUGGCGAAGCUAUAUGGCAAAAUUCUCGCUGACCUGGGCAUCCUUAGCAAUGGAGAAGUGGUCGUCAAAAAUCCUGCCGAUUUUGUCGGGAGCGCAUUAGGUGAAUCCGAGAAGAAUACCAAGGCAAUACUUGCGACGACGGUCGGUAAAGUUUUGAUAAUCGACGAAGCUUACGGGCUUUAUGGUGGGGGCAACACUGGACAACAGAACGAUCCUUACAAGACUGCGGUCAUUGACACCAUCGUUGCUGAAGUUCAAAGCACUCCUGGAGAGGACAGAUGUGUUCUUUUACUAGGCUAUAAGCAACAAAUCGAGGAGAUGUUCCAGAAUGUCAAUCCUGGCCUCAGCCGUCGCUUUGCCAUCGAGGAUGCCUUCAACUUUGAUGAUUUCUCUACUGAUGAGCUGCGGGAAAUCUUGGACCUCAAGCUGAAAUCUCAGGACCUUCAAGCGACUGAAGAAGCCAAAAAAGUUGCUUUAGAAGUCCUCGGCCGGGCAAAAAUUCGACCCAACUUUGGCAACGCUGGAGAGGUUGAAAACAUGCUGAGCAAAGCUAAAGCAAAUUACAUGACUCGUGUAGGCACGCAGUGUUCUGUUGACAUGAUAUUCCAGCCGGCAGACUUCGAUCCCGCCUUUGAUCGAGGAAGUCAUGCAGAUGUCAAUAUCGAGGAGCUCUUCAAGGACGUCGUUGGUUGUGAUGACAUUGUCGCCAAACUUCGCAGAUACCAGAAGACUGCAUCAGCGGGUCGUCGCAGAGGUCAAGAUGUCCGUGAUCUGAUCCCGACUAGUUUUGUGUUCAAGGGGCCACCAGUCGUCAAGUUUGGAUGCUUAUUUCGUACACGAGGCACUGGAAAAACCACAACUGCGCGAAAGAUGGGACAGGUGUAUUUUGACAUGGGCUUCUUGGGCCGUCCAGAAGUUAUAGAGUGCUCCGCCUCGGAUAUCAUAGCCCAAUACGUCGGGCAGACAGGGCCUCUGGUGCGAAAAAUGUUCGAAAAAGCCCUUGGACAAGUUCUGUUCAUCGAUGAGGCAUACCGCUUGAAGGAUGGCGUAUUUGCGAAAGAGGCUAUCGAUGAAAUCGUUGACCUCCUCACGCAGGAGCGAAUCAGAGGAAAGAUUGUUGUGAUCCUCGCAGGCUAUGAUGAGGAUAUCAACGAGCUCUUAUCGGUCAACCGAGGGUUAUCCAGUCGAUUCCCCGAAGAAAUCGUAUUCCAGAAUCUGUGGCCGGAGGAGUGUCUGGCAAUCCUGAGCAAGCAGCUGAAGAAGAAGAACGUCGCAUUGCCAGGUUUAGAUGAUUCAGCAAGCGGUAUUUCUGCGCAGCUAGCCAACAUAUUCGAAGCGUUGUCUCAGCUUCCAUCGUGGGGGAACGCUCGCGAUGUCAUCACAAUCUCGCAGAAGAUGAUCAGUAUUGCGCUUCAGUAUUCCUCGGACGAUGAAAAUACGGAGUUGAUCUUAGAUCCUGCCGAUGCUGCGACAUGCUUGCAUGAGAUGCUUAUAAGUCGUCAAGACAGAAGCUCCAAUCUUCCAAGUCCCUCCGCACGAUUUUCUCUUGGGAAUGUCCCGCCCAUGCAAUAUCGUGAUCCCAACACGACUUCUGCACCGAAUAUCAAGACCUCUUCUGUGACCAAGGCAAAACCGGCAAAACCUAAGCCUGCUCCCAUCAAAAAGGCUGAUCCGGAAGUGAUGGAUGCUCGCGAUCCAGGCGUAUCGGACGCGACAUGGAACCAGCUUCAAAUGGACAAGGCGGCCGAAAUCGGGGCAGCGAAACGAUUAGAGGAGGCUAUUCGUAAGGCGGAAGAAGAGAUGGCGGAGGCAGUCAGAAAGGAAGCGGAGGAACGAGAACGUGUUAAUCAACUCGCCUUGGCCGCUGCUCGCCAGCAAGAUUUUCUCAAACGGCAGGAGCUCAAGCGUCAGCGCGAAGCGCAACGGCUAAAGGAGCUGAGGGCUAGAGAGGAGCGGGAGCGUCGUGAAGCAGAACUUCGGGCACGAAAGGAAGCAGAAGAGAAAGCUAGAAAGGAGGAUCAGAAGGCACAGGCGAAGUUGAGGACGAUGGGACUCUGCGUUGCCGGAUACCGCUGGAUUAAGCAAGACGACGGGUACCGUUGUGCCGGAGGCUAUCAUUUUGUUUCGAAUGCCGAACUAGGAUUGUAA